CACGUACAAAGUUGGUUUGUUUAAUAUGAUCAGUAACCACGAUACGAAAAAGUAAAGACCAGUUCCACGGUCGAUUUAAAAAAAAUGAACGUUUUCUUUUUCAGACCCCGAAAUGAGAAAGAAGUCUAACCUUAGACCUAAAAAGGGCAGUGGCAGACAUACGCAUGUUAGUUGUGGGAAGCAAUUAUAGUUUCCAGUAUAGAUGCAAAAACAUGGCUGUAUUCUUUUUGUCAUGGAGGUACUUUCAAUGUUAGAGCAUUUUUGCGGUAUGGUUGGGGACAUAUUUUUCUCUGACCUGACCAUAAAUGAUAUGGAAGGACAGGGAACAGUUUCUUGUCAAGAGUUUGGCCUAAUUAUCGGAAAUACAGUAGUGCAAGUUCAGAUACGAUUAGAUCCAGAAAGGAAAUUUUCUUAUCCUACUAAGCGGACUAGAGUCUACAAUUUGGUUGACGAUACUGACUCUGUAGAUCAGAUCGAAAGCAUUCAAGACCCCGGCAUAAACAAUUCGCAUGAAAUGCCAACAGAUAUUACAUUCAGAGAUCAUCAUUUUGAUACACAACUUCGGAAACGCGUUUGUGGAAAGAGUAAGGAAGGAACAGUUCUGAGAGCAAAAUUCGUUACAGAAGGGAUCUCUGGGUGCUCGCUGGGAAAAAGCAGGUUGUGAUAAACCAAAAAUCUUACCGACUGUCAAAAUGGGAUUAUUGCAAUUUCAUGUUGCAUGUAUAAAAUUGCACAAAUUCAUCUAUUGUAAAAUAAAUUGCUACAAACUUUAUUGUUGAAUAUCAUUGAA